GAGCGGGCGGCCAGGAAAUGCCCAGGAGUGUGUGUCACCUGCCCCCGGACGACUUGCUUCCCAGGAGCACCGCCUUCUCGGCCUGGGCCCCCGGGAGGACUGUCCGGCUCACCUGUCUCCCAGGCGCGGCCCCGGGAGCUCCUGACACGGCCCGGGGAGCGCUCGCCCUCCAACUCCACGGCCAUGAGCAAGUUGGGCAAGUUCUUUAAAGGGGGAGGCUCCUCUAAGAGCCGAGCGGCUCCCAACCCCCAGGAGGCCCUGGCCCGCCUGCGGGAGACUGAGGAGAUGUUGGGCAAGAAACAAGAGUACCUGGAAAGCCGAAUCCAGAGGGAAGUCGCCCUGGCCAAGAAGCACGGCACGCAGAACAAGCGAGCUGCCUUACAGGCACUGAAGAGAAAGAAAAGGUUUGAGAAGCAACUCACUCAGAUUGAUGGCACACUUUCCACCAUUGAGUUCCAGAGAGAAGCCCUAGAAAACUCACACACCAACACCGAGGUGCUAAAGAACAUGGGCUUUGCAGCAAAGGCGAUGAGAGCAGCUCAUGAAAACAUGGAUCUGAACAAAAUAGAUGACCUGAUGCAAGAGAUCACAGAGCAACAGGAUAUCGCCCAAGAAAUCUCAGAAGCAUUUUCUCAACGGGUUGGACUUGGUGAUGACUUUGAUGAGGAUGAGUUGAUGGCAGAACUUGAAGAAUUGGAACAGGAGGAAUUAAAUAAGAAGAUGACAAAUAUUCGGCUUCCAAAUGUGCCUUCUUCAUCUCUCCCAGCACAGCCGGAGAGGAGGCCAAGCAGGCCCUCUCCUGCACACCGAUCCCGAGCAGCAUCUUCCAGGAGGGCAGAAGAAGAGGAUGAUGAUUUCAAACAAUUGGCAGCUUGGGCUACUUAAACUAAAAUGGAGUUUUUUGGCACCUAAAUUAAUGAGUUAUACAUAAGACAUAAAAAAUGUUUUUUUGCCAAGUUCAGGAGUUAAUGAAGACUCUGUUUUAUAUUUAUAUUUGAUGAAUAAUUGUUUCUUAAGCCUCAUAAGUAAAAGUUAAAAAAGGAGUUGUGGGUAGACAUAGAAUGUUGGAAAGGGCUUUUUUGCAGUGUCUCAGAGAAUCCCUCCUUACUGCUGGGGCCGCGACAUGUCGGUGUACCUUGUUCACUGCUAUAUUUCUAGUCUUGGUACAUAGUUGAUGAUCUCUAUAUACAUGUUGAAAGAAAACGGAAUUCUAGUGGCAUAUAAGACAUAGAACAGUUUUUUU